CUACAAGCAAACAAGCUAUAAUAUUCUCAGAUUAUUUACUCAGGAUAGGCUUUCUAAUGAGAUAAUUAUUGGCUCGCAAAAUCGUGAAGACUAUAUUACUACUCUGUUAGAUAUGAUCUACUCCAAUUUAGCUGAAAAUGCUACUAAUACCAAAUUUAUUACAGAAAAAACAAUAUUGAUACCGUUAAAUUGUGAUGUUAAUGAAAUAAAUAAGCAAUUUAUAGAGACUUUUCUCAGUGAUCAAUGA